UUUUACUUUUUUCCUCAGUGUAUUUUCCGGCAUCUCCGACACUACUGCAGACAUGGGACUCAGUCGCGUGCUUCUUGCCGUUGUGCUGUUUGGUUGUGUGGUCUGCUGCUUCAGCACACGAACAAACACAGAGCUCUACCCAAGACAAAGGCGUGGCUCUGACCAGCGUCUCGCCGAGCUGGAGGCCCUGCUGACUCUGACCAAGUUCAUCAAGGAAAAACAGGCGCAAGAGGCCAUGUUUGAUAACAUAGGCAAACGGAGGAGAAGAGGCAUUAUUUUGGCAGAUGAUGGUGAUUCAGUCGACCACAUACAGCAAAUCAAGCCUGAAGCUUUGACUCAACUUCAAAACUACGACAUGGUU